CUCCCCCCCCCCCCCCGGCUGCUUUCACACUUGUUGAAUAACGUCUCUCUUCGACCCUGCGGCGGGUUUCGGACAUUUUGCCAACCGGUUCCUCGUGCCUGUCUCCCGGGUCUGUUGGAGCGGCUUCACGGCUGACCAACAAUAACAACCAUCUAUUUAUUUCACAGACUCCAAACCGCCGCGGACACACUCGGCAUCCAGCUUUGUGGCUCUCCCGGGUCGAUAUUUCCUCUUUGAUCCUGUUCAUCCAGCUCCGGGCAGCUCGGGGAGUCGCACGGAGCGCGGCGCCCUCCCCUCCGUGCAGCGCCGCUGGGUGGCACCGCUGUCUCCGGGCGGAGGGACUCGGGUCUCGUCGUGGUGGACGGAGCUCUCCACCGUGAGUAGACGACGUCGAGACGGCGUUUAUAAUCGAGCUGUACCGGUUGCCCGGGAUUUUUAGUAAUGUGGAUUCACGAUUAAUAUUUCAGGAGUCGGGUAUUUAUCUGGAGUGUGAGGCGGAGAGCUCAGGGAGGCACGCCGGCCGCAGCGCCCUCUCCGCCGGGCGGCACCGCUGGCUCGAGCCGGUGGGAUGACUCUCCACCAGGAGUGAGCAACGUCACAUUCACCAGAAAACUAAUCUUGUUUGGAUCACAAAGCCGUGACCCGGUUGCUUGCUCUGUAUAUUUGGACCUUGGUAAUUAGCUUUUGAAGCGGGGAAAGCUCCGGGACACACGCCGAGCACAGCGCACUGUCGCCGGGCUGCGCCGCUGCGUCCGGCCCGGUGGGAUGUGUCGCCACUGGGGGUGGAAUACUUUCUAGAGAUCCAGGCUUUCCUGCAUCGGAGGUGAACCCGGUCGUCGCCUGUGUUGUCGCCCUCCUGUCGGUGUGUUUGAGUGAGCUUUAGGAGGAGGGCAUGGCCGACUCCGGCCGAGCCAGACCGGCGGACCCUGACGCCGCGGACUGCCGGACAGGGAGCCCUCUGACCGUGAAGAAGAGGGCGCAGAAUUCUCCCGGUCUCCGGCCCAGGUACCAGAGCUCCGCACCGGGACACUGCCUCAAGAAAGUCACCCUGACCAAACCCACCUUCUGCCACAGCUGCAGCGACUUCAUCUGGGGGCUCAUCGGCUUCCUGUGUGAAGUGUGUAACUUCAUGUGUCAUGAGAAAUGCCUGAAGACGCUGCGCUCAGUUUGCUCCUGCAUGACUCCGUCUUUGGUCCAGGUCCCGGUGGCUCACUGCUUCGGUCCGGCGGGUCAGAAGAAACGUUUCUGCUGCGUCUGCAGGAAGCAGACGGAGGGAAGCACGGCGCUGCGCUGUGAAGUGUGCGAGCUGCACGUCCACGCUGACUGCGCUGCCUUCAGCUGUGCAGACUGUCGCAGCUGCCACCUGGACGGGACUCUGGAGCAGGAUACGUUUCACCACCACUGGAGGGAGGGGAACCUGGCAUCGGCGGCGAGGUGUGAGGUUUGUCGGCGUUCCUGUGGUUCCUCUGACGUCAUGGCGGGAAUGAGGUGCGAGUGGUGCGGCAUCACGAGCCAUGCGGCGUGUUACCUCAGCGUGCCACCAGAGUGCACUCUGGGACGUCUGCGCUCCAUGCUGCUGCAUCCGGCCUGCGUACGCCUCGACUCCAGAAACUUCAGCAAGAUGCACUGUUACCGCAUCAGUGAGAGCUGCAGCCAGGACCUGGAUAACUCGGAUGAAAUUGAUGCGUCUGCUGCUGUGUCUAAAGACGGUCAGCCGGCUGCUCCAGAGUCAGGGAAACAGUUCCUGAAGGUGUUUGACGGUGAUGAUGCAGUCAAGCGCGGCUUCUACCGAUUGGUCUCCAUCAUUCGAGCCACAAGGAAUGAGGAAGUGGUGGAGGCGGCGCUGAGGGCCUUCUACCUCCCCGAUGAACCUCAGGACUUCGAGCUGCACGAGAUUGGCGGCGUGCAGCGUCUCCAUAGCGACGACAUCCUGAACCGUAACGGCGGUCCUGACAACAGGGGCUCUCUGAAGGACGGAGGUGAGGCCUGGCAGCUCAGGGCCAAACCCCGAGACUCUGAGGUCAUCAAGGUGUACCCAGGCUGGCCCAGGUCGGGCGCACCUUUCGUCUCCGCCACCGCCUCUAAGGACAGCACGGCAGCUUCAGUCCUCGCCGAGGUCUUCAGUCAGCUCAACAGAACGGGGGAAGACGCGUCCUGUUUCAGCCUGCAGGAGGUCUGCAUGAGCAGCAAGCAAGUGCAGAGACAGACGCUGACUCCUCAGGAGAAGAUUCUGGACAAGCUGCAGGAGAUCAGGAAGGUGUCUCUGCGAAACAUGAACCAGACUCGGUUUUACAUCGUGGAGAACGGGAACCGGGAGGUGCGGGUCAGCCUGCUGAUUGGAGGGCUGCCCCCCCUGCUGAGCAAAGAGGAGUACGUCCAGCUGAUCCAGGAACACCUGACCAUCAAGAGUCACCUGGUCACCAUCAGCCAUGUCUAUGCCAGUCAAGGUGCGUUGGCGUUGCAGAUCUUGUGUUUCUCUGAAGCGGAGAGGAUCUACAUGCUGGCGAAAGACACGACUGUCAACAACAAGACGCUCGCUUCCCUCGUCAUCCCAGAGAUCUUGACCAACAGGCUGGGGCUGGACGUCUGUCCUCUGCUGGUGUUUGUCAACCCAAAGAGCGGCGGGCUGAAAGGCAGAGAGCUUCUCUACAGCUUUCGGAAACUUCUGAACCCUCACCAGGUCUUUGACAUCUCCAACGGAGGCCCGCUGGCUGGCCUCCAUACGUUCCGAGAGGUUCCCAGGUUUCGGGUGCUGGUCUGCGGGGGCGACGGGACGGUGGGCUGGGUGCUGGGAGUACUGGAGGCUGUCCGGCACAAACUGGUCUGUCGAGAGCCGCCCAUCGGCAUCGUGCCACUGGGGACAGGUAACGACUUGUCUCGUGUGCUGCGCUGGGGAGCAGGUUACAGCGGCGAGGACCCGCACCACAUCCUGGUCUCUGUGGACGAGGCAGACGAGGUUCUGAUGGACCGGUGGACCAUCCUGCUGGACGCCCAGGAUAUGUCUGAAGACAGCAAGGACAACGGCUUCCUGGAGCCGCCCAAGAUCGUGCAGAUGAACAACUACUUCGGUCUCGGCAUCGACGCGGAGCUCAGCCUCGACUUCCACCAGGCGCGAGAGGACGAUCCCGAUAAAUUCACCAGCAGGUUCCAUAACAAAGGAGUGUAUGUGAAGGUCGGGCUGCAAAAGAUGAGCUACAGUCGGAGUCUCCACAAAGAGCUGCAGCUCCAGGUGGACACUCAGAACGUCCCGUUACCCAACAUAGAGGGGCUGAUCUUCCUCAAUAUACCCAGUUGGGGUUCUGGUGCUGAUCUCUGGGGGUCAGAGGUCGAUGGCCGCCAUGGGAAACCACGUAUUGAUGACGGCCUGGUGGAGGUGGUCGGGGUGACCGGGGUCGUCCACAUGGGCCAGGUGCAGAGCGGUAUGCGGUCAGGGAUUCGUAUCGCUCAAGGGAACUACAUCAGGCUGACUGUGAGCAAACCCAUACCUGUCCAGGUGGACGGAGAACCGUGGAUCCAGCCGCCGGGACACAUCAUCAUCUCUGCUGCUGGACCAAAGGUUCGGAUGCUGAGGAAGUCCAAGCAGAAGCAGAAGAAGUCAUCGGCUAGUGUGAAGGAUGGACGUUCUGAGAGUCCGUCCACCAGAGACGGAGGACACCGACCAACCUGAAUAUCAGUGUCCCGCCUUUUACCUGCUUCCUGCUGCACCUGGGAAGCCGUUUUGGUGCCAGCUGGGAUUUCACUCAUGCAGCUUUGUAGCGACGCUGACGGGCCGCAGAUCGACUUGGACUCUGAAGGAGGUUUAACGUUUACAUUCCUGCACGUGGUGGGAGGAACUCCUGGGCUUCUGUUCUGCUGACCGAGCACUUAGAGUUCACAAUAACCACGGUUAAUAAUCUAACUAAAGCUUUUUUUACUUAACAUCCAAGAGUAACAAGAAAUUAAUCAAUUCAUAAUAGGAUUUAAUUGGAACAAGGAGUUGAAUUUUAAAAAGAAGAGAAAUCGAGAAAAGUAUUUAACAGAAGUUGUUGUUGCUGUAAAUGUACAGUACGUAGCAGUAGACUCGGUGUCCAUUGAUUUUGAUUUGUAAUAACUUUAGUUUAGUGCAGCUAUAGAGUGAUUAUGACCUCAAAGUUUCUCAUAUUGUCAUUGGAGAAUAUGAAAACGCUGAAUCCUGAAGCACUGCUGAAGAGACGGGCAGUUUCUUUAUUAAGAAGCUGUAACCACAUUAUGUUUAUCUCAUCCACAAAUCUCCUGGGAUGCUGAACUGGCCUUCUUCUUCUUCUUCUUCUUCUUCUUCUUGUGUGAAAUCCUUUGGUUUAAGACAACGUUGCAGUGAAGCUCUCUAAAGCUAAAGAGUGUGCAAAUUCAAAACAAAAAAAUCCAUGACUCUGAAACCACUGUGCCCUCUAUACAGAGUCAAUAAGCAGAUGGAAAAACAAAAAGUCUGAUCAGUCUGAGCAUUAACUGAAAAGCCUGAAACACAGUUUGUAUUUCAGCAGGUAGAACGUAGAACUUUUAUUUUGGCAACAACAGCAACUGUAAAUAGCAUAUGUCAGUUCUGACGUCAACAAGUUUGUUUUGCCUCAUAUUAUCACCUUUUAAUCUUGUGUGAAUAAGAUUUCAUGCAAGAUCAACUGCAAACUUAAUAAGAAGUUAAAAAAUUAUAUCCUUUUUUGAAUACAUAACAGUUUUUUUAACUAAAGUUGAAUUUAGUUAAAUCAUUUCAACUACUUUCAUACAAAACGCAUGAAAAUGUCAUUCCUAGAAAAUCCAUUUUAGAUAAUGCAUAUUUAAUUUUAAUUGGCUUUAUUGGCCCCCUGUAUGCAGGAUAAGCGGUUGACGAUGGAUGGAUGGAUGAAUGGCUUUAUUGGCAAGACGUUUUAGUUCAAACAUGUUGCCAAAGCAGAAAGUCACUUAUAAAUAAUAAAAUAAUAAUCUAAUAAUAAACAUUAAAAAGAAAUCUAAAGAAAAUAACUAAAUAAAUAUUUCUCAAAUAUAUCUUAUGUAUAUAUGUAUAAUAUAUAUGUCAAAAUAUAGCAUUUUAAAAGUUAGAAAAGCUGUUGUGGAAGCAAAGAGAAGCUAAAGAAAACAUGUGACCAUAUCAAAAGUGACCAAGUUAGCGAAGCAUAACUUUUAAAAUGUAGUUUUUCAACAGUUUACUUUAAAUGAAAACAGGUUGUUCUGAAACACAAUUGUAAAAUCUGCCAAGAUAUAUAUUAUUAUAAGACGUGUGCUGAAGCAGCCAAACAAUUAAUCAAAAAAUGCUAAAACAUACUGUUGGAAUGCUAACGGCAGUGUUAACAAAAACUAGCUUGUUAAAUAAGCGUUACGUUAAACUUAAUUUAGCUGACCGCUCUAGUCAAGUUAACAUCAUUAUCUUCCGAUCAAAAAGUAAUAGUUGACUAUUUAUCCAAUUUUCUUAUAUUUGCUAAACAUUAGUUAAAAAUUAAAGUGGCGUGCUACAGAUGGUGUUGUUGCUCAGAUAGAAGAUGUCAUGAAUGAUGUUGAAAAAUUAAAGUAGUCUACUUCGAUAGAAACAUUAUGUCUUCAGUUAUUGCUAAAAUACUGAGAUUUGACUUGUCGAGUCUUAAGUUAAUUUUAUUAAGCUGGUUUUAUGAAGACAGCAUAAAUAACAAUAAGCAGAAAGCCCAAAAUUUCCCAGGACCCAAAAUAAAAAGUGGAGAACAGACUGAGGCCAUUGUGAUUCUAGGCAUCACUAGACGCUAGCUCUAGAAUACUUGCUACAUUGUUAGCUGCAUUACAGUGCCAUUACUAGCUUGAAAGCUAGUUAGCUGAAAAGCUUGCUAGCUUGCUAGUAUCUCAAAACUAAAUUUAAUUUGUAAAGUAAAAGGAAUUACUGAAAUGUGUGCUGUGAUCAAUGUAAUUACAGGUAGAACCAGAAACUAUCUAGAAAACCAACGACAUUAGUAGCUUAGCGAGCUGGUAGCCAACCUGAACAUUAUGUUCCAUGUAAUUAUAGGGAACAUAGGAACAAUCCCCUAGUUUACUAGGUAGCAAGCUACCAAAACGUAAAGCUAGCGUGGUACUAGCUUAUAAAGCUGGUGGUCAACCUCAACAUAGGACGUUUGUCAUGUUCACAUUGCGUGCCAUAAAAAUCUAAGGAACAUAUUAGGGAACGUAGUAGGGAACAAAGGAACAAUCCCCUAAUUUACUAGCUAGCAAGCUACCAACACAAAACGUAAUUUGUUGAUUAAAUUGAGGGUUUACUAAAAUGUACUAAAGGCUAGAAUACUAGCGUGGUACUAGCUAAGCGAGCUGGUUACCAAGCUAGGUAGCUUGCCAAAACAAAAUUCAUUUCAAGCAACUGAUGAAGUACUUUAUUGGUAUUCAUUAUUAAUAUAAGGUAAAAAAAUAUUAUCACAUUAAUAGUUAUUCGAAGGAAUGAUUUGCAAUUUGAGGGUAAAAUAUCAAUUUAGGGAAUAAUUUAUCAGAAAAAUUCCUGAUACUUAGUGGGCUCAGUAUAAAUGUGAAUAAUGCGAGUGUGGCCAAAAAACGGCAGCAUUCUAAACGGUAAACUAAAUGAUUUUUACAUUUCAUAAUUUGAUUUCAGCACCAAUGCGGUGCAAAAGCCUGCAUCUUUUCAUCUUAUCUUAUUUUGUCGCCACUAGUCUUUCCAAAGUAAAAUUAAAAAAGGUAUUUCUGUCGUAAUAAAACACAUCACAUCACACCUUCCAAGACAGAAUCCAAACUCACCGUCACACAUUUCCCCCAAACCUACAACUUUUCAAAGAUGAGUUUCAGCUGCCAGUUUAUACUCAGACAUAAAGACGGAGGAGGAUUUUACGAACUUCGUCCACAUUCCCAGAGACGCAGGAACAAGAAGAAACAGAGUCUGUAAAGGACAGUUUCUGGACUCGACGAGGGAUCUGAAGGUCCCAGCUCCUGAUGUAGCAACAAUAAGUAUUGGAUCACUGUACUUUUGUUGUGAUGUUUAAGGGUUCUUUUUAAAUCCGAGAUCUGCAUUAGCUGAUUUAUUUUGAUGUUUUUUGGUGCUAGAAGGUUAAUAUGUUAUAGAUCUGUUUGAUUCAAGGAUCCUGUUUUUAUUCAAAGCCUCAAACCAAAGCUCUUCUUUUAUUAAAGCCGUUUUACUGAAGGACUAAUGCAAGAAAUGGAACUUUGAAUUGAAUUUGAAUGCAGGUGGAUUUAUCCCAGAUGGUUGCAUUUAAUGAAUUUAAUAAAUAUGGACCACAGUAAAGGUUUCUGGCUUUGAAUGAGCGGCGAUCUGAGAAUGAGUGCUGCUGAUAACACCUGUGGCAUUAUCAUCGACUGUGGAGUAAACUGCUGAGCUUCAUCAGAGGAGCUGUGAGUAGUUGAAACUGUACAGAUACUGUUUAUUCCAUGCAUGAAGUACUGUAGUUCUGAGUGUUGUGUAUUUAUCUCAUCUUUGUUCCACUAAUGAGUUCGUCUGUCCGCCGUCGCCGUUAAAGAACUGCUGGUUUUACACGUUUCUGACGAUUUCCUGUGUAAACGUCACAUUCCUGCUCAUCACUUUUCCAAAUCAUCCUUUUAAGAUUUUAGACUUCCUUCUUUUUGGUUUCAGUUUAUUUCUAUUGAAAUCAGCUUCCAGAGAGACGUUUAGUGACGUCUACAGGUUUGUUUUUUGGAAACAAAAUCGGAUCAUUAUCACCAACAUUUGACCACGAUUGUAGCCCGCCAAAAUAUCUACCUGCGUGGUCGCUCACUUGACUUCAGUUCAAUUUUAUUCAAAUCUUUAAUCUUCCGCUACGUAGCCGAGGUGGUGACUGUCGAGGGUGAGAAGUGUCCAGCGUUUCACACUCAACUUUUUGACUGUUAUGAGUGCAGCUAUGAGUACUCAAAAUAAGCAAGUGGGAGCACGGAAGGGCGCAGGUUGAGAUGCAGCACGGGCUGACGCGUUAAUGCGUCCAAAAUCUUUUUAUUUAGUCAGAAACAAACAUCAUUUAAAUAGUAGUUUUAGAACGGUUCCUGUAAUCCGUAAAAUCUCACAGUCCAUAAAUGCACCAAACGUUUUUAGAGAGUGUGCAUCCAUGAGAUGAUCUGGAGUCUCAGAAGUCCUGAAAGAUUGCAUUAAUUCAUGGUCUUGUUGGCACAGGAUGUGGAAAUAACACCUUGUAGGACUUUAGGGGUCUGAUAAAAACAAAAAGGGACACAAGUUGACUGUGUUGAUGAAAGAAAUAAACUGAAAUCAACAUGAAAAUCGAUAUGUUUUACAGGAAUAUAAAGAUGCAGAUGCAGUACCGUCUACAUUCCACCACUGAGGAUGAUAUCCGGUUUAAAGCGUUUAGUCUGAAGUGUUUCGACCUCUUAUGACUUAAAGAAAGUCAAAGGCCAAAGAGACGAGCUGAUUUGGUUUAUUUUUAAUAUCCAGUAAUAUUUGAUAAUGUCGAGAUAAUCAACACACCUGUGGCCUGAAAAGGAAGUUCCCAAAAUGCCCAAAAAGAGAAUCAGGAAAAUGAAUUCUUUAUUUAUUUUUAUCACUCCAACAAAUGGAAAUAUUUGACACUUUAGCAUCUCUGCUAGAAUUUAAAAUAAAGUUUUUAGAUCCAGCAGAGUUGGAGCAGUAGAAAAUAUUUCCUCCUCCUGAAUCUUAUUUCUCAGUAACCCUUUCAUCCAUGCCAUAAGAUACCUUUUAUUUUGUCGUUGAAUGUUAAAAAUGUGCUUUAACGUGAUUUGUUUCCUGCUUCUCUGCGUCCGUCGUGCCUCAUAGCGUCCGCCUGACCUUUCCUUAUUAAGCCCCGCCUGUCUGAAGCCAGGCCAGGCGGGGCUUUGGUCUGCAGGUGAAGUCAGCGUAGUGCCUCAUCGACACCCUCAGUGCUGAUGUUUAACGUGUGUGUGUGUGUGUGUUAACGUGUUUCCUGCCGCUGCAGUGGUGUGUUCACCUCAAACCUGCUGAGCUAACGUGCCUCCAGAUGUCGGUUAGACUUUUCUUUUCUGUCGCUGUGUUAACUUUUUACCUGAAGUUUUAUUGAAUAGACGAUAUGUAUAUUUUUGCAGACAGAAGCUGUUUCUUUGUUUUGUUUCGACUGUAAAGUUUUAACUGUAAAUUGCACUAAUUGUUUUACAGAUGCUUUUAGAUGUGACGUUCAGGGUAUUAUGAAUGUUGUACCAACUAAAGCUAAAUAUAUAGAACAUAUAUAUAUAUAUAUAUAUAUAUAUGUGUGUUAAAUAACGGAUUCUUACAUGUGUUUAAUCAGAAUAAACUAAAGACCAACUAAGAA